CUUUAUAUCUGGAUGAUCACCUUGGCAACGGACUGUACGGACUGGACUGUGCUCAGGGGACGACGGGACGUCCGUCAAUCAUGAUAUGGAGCGUGGGGUUGUGGACAUGGCCGUGCUGGUGGGUGGAGACUUGCUUUUGAUACGCAAUAGUGUGGAUCCGGUACGAAGAAGUACUAGGGAGAGAAAACAGCCCUCGGAAUGGAGGAAAGUUGGAUGGCAAGGAAUCAAGAAAGAGAGAGAACAGGUACCAGUAGGUGGUGACGAUGACGAUGUGUUGCCUCUCUUCAAAGUGUACAGUACGGAGUACCCCAGUAGAUCGGUACAGUUCAGUGAAUACAGCACCGUGCAAUGUAGUGACGGGAUACAGUGUGGAGUACCUAUCAGAAUUGAUACUGAUUGCCCUCUCCGCUGUCGCUUGUUGACUCUGGUCAUCGCCUCUGCCGCCCCGUGGGCCUUGGUCGCCUACUUUCGCGCUUCAACGUACAACUCUCUCUUCCUCUACGCUACGAGCCAACCUUCGCCCGGCAGUGACCGCCAGGGCCACCGCGUGAGCGGCUGCAUGCACACUGAUCGCGAACUGCACCACAUCAACCCGAAGGGUCGUCCUGUCAAGCAAUGCGAGCACUGUCGCGGCGCUCGCAAGUCCAAGUCUCAUCACGCCAAGUGUGACUGUGGCGAUAAGAAAGACAAGGACAAGCACAAAGACAAGGGCGACGCGAAGGGUAUGGAGAAUGCUAGUGUCAGUGUCGACGAUUCUAAUCAUGCUUCAGGAACUGAUGAUAGCUGUGGUUGCCAUUCUGGCUCAAAAUGCAUCUGUGGCGGGAAGAAAGAUCCCCUCGAUCUCAAGGUCGACACUGGAAAGCAGACACUCCAUGCAGCACGUACGAAGCCCAAGCUUACGGCUACUCAAUCUGAGAGCACGUUGACUGUCUUCGCCAAUGGCCACCACAAGCCUUGUCACAGGAACAACAACACGGCUCACAUUUCUGGGGCUCCGUAUAACUACAAGCAUGGUCGUCCUCACACUCUCCACGGACACGCUGCAUUCGCUUCGUACACGCAAGGCAACACCUGCGGACAGCCCGAUGCUAAGGCGCAGCGUGCGUUGGACACUCAUUCCUUGUCCAACAACGACUUCUACGCCUUCCUUGGCUCUUCUCAGCGUUCGACCGACAAUGUUCCUGUUGCACCUUUGACCGCUGGCCUCGACAACAACACGUUCCAAGAAUCUCUGUUCAAUACACAGAGUACCGCGUUUGGCCAAGAUGGCAACUCUCCGGGUGACAGCCCCUUGGGCGACGCUCUGUCCGCGCAACAGUGGCCCUGGUCCAACAACAUGGCCAACAUUACUCGCAGCUUCGGCUUUGGCAGUCUUUCUACAUCUCCUUCGCAGGAUUGUCUUACCAACAUGGACAACGACUGGGCUAUCCAUUCUGCUGGUCUCAACAACCCUAUCUGGUCUGCUGGCGAUCUCCCGCUCAACCCUAGCAAGCUGAAUGAUACCUUGACCCAGCCUCCCAGCAACCCAGGCCUGACCAAUGCUUCCUCUGCCCACUCGGAGAUUGGCGAGCCAACCUUGUUUGGGGAUCUGGAAUUCCAUAAGAAUGCUCAGUCUGCCAUGGGAGACAUGGACCUUGCGAAGCCUCCACCAUCUGCUGCCAGUGAAACUCUUUUCUGGGAGGACAGCCCUGCAUUCCGCAUUGCGACCUCUGGACCCAGCGUUUCUACUAUGAGUGGAUCUAUGGGGAUUUCUGCACCCCUCCCUCUGUCAACGGCCUCACCUGAGGGUACAGGUAUCGACCUCGACUUUAUGAGGGGAUUCAGUUCCGACCUUCUUGCCGCCACCGGUGCAAAGGACAUCGCCGUUUCGUUCCCAGACAACUUGUACAACGAACCACGUGCAAUUGCGAUCCCCAAUACCCUCGAUGAACUGGGGUCGAGCGAGCCCUGGAUAUCAGAUUUCGAGCUCGACCUCAGCAAGCCCAAUUACCAGUUCGCAUGGCAGUAGUGGCCAGGAACUGCAUUGUAAAUCGAAUCUUGAUCGCAUCUUACGACUACAUGAUUCAUGAUUACUGCAGGAUACCACUGUGUUCCGGGAUAGAGCCUGUUCAUAUCUCCGUACUUUUGCGUUUUCCUCUUCGUUUCUCUAGACUUCGGUCACUUGUGAAUAUUACGAUCCGGCCCGAAUCAAUUCAUUUGAUGCCGCGUUCGAGGCCAUGUUUCAUACACGAUAUUUUUUGUGUGUUACCAGCUGCACACCAGCAUACGUACAUACAUGUAGGGUGUUGGGCAUAGCACUUCCCAUUGCGAUGGGAUGGGUUAGUUGCAUGACGGGGGGCAUCUUUUGACUAAAAUUUUCAUAGACCAGGCAUUGGCGUUUGACUACUACAUAACGACCGCACUUGAAUGAAAAAAAGAAAUUCUAUAUACAAACAUCU